AUGAGCCCCCUCCGGCGCGGGCAGCGGCGGCAGUCCGGAGCCGGGACGAUGAAGCUGGAGGUGGCCGUGCCCUGGGUGGGGCUGCAGGCGGCCGAGCCGGACGGGAGCCCGGAGAAGGCGCGCACGGUGUUCAAGGUGGACGUCUUCUGCAACGGGCGGAAGCACUCCCUGGAGAAGCGCUACAGUGAAUUCCACGCCCUUCAUAAGAGGAUCAAGAAGAGAUGCAAAGUCCCCGACUUCCCCCCAAAACACGUGCCCAACUGGAUGGCAAAGGUGAUGGAGCAGAGACGCCAGGGCCUGGAAGCCUACCUGCAGGGGAUCUUGUUGUACAACAGAGAGCUCCCCAGAGAUCUGCUGGACUUCCUGAGGCUCUGGCACUUCCCUCAAGACUCUAAGGCCGGCUCCCUGGGGGAUUUGGCUUUGCAAGGUGUCAGCCCCAGUUACCGGCUCUCCCACCGACCAGUCAUAAGCUACCGCAGAGAUCCAUAUAUGCUCCCCUCUUCUACAGAUUUCCUUCCCGAUGUUAUCCUAAGCGGAGUGCUGCAGGGCCUUUACACACCUGAGACGGGCUUCAGCAUGGACGUGAAGAUCUUAGCAAGAACUGGCCAGGUCCUGCCUAGAGCUCUUCCCCUCCCUUGA